GAGAAAUCCACUUAUGGCAGAUGGACAAUGGAAAAAUAGGUUGUUUUAGAUGUUUAAUGGCUUUUCACACAUUCCUAAGAAAAAAUUGCAAAAAAUCUUUGUUCAGAAUGGAUAGUCUACGCGAUCAUGAUUCCAAAAUUAUGUGAACAUAUUUCCAAAAAUAUGUCCGCGCGCAAGUAGGAAUUUUAUGUUAAAAUGAAAUAUAUAGCUAACAUAAUUAGGUCAAGUGUCUCCUAUUUAGGUGAACACCGCCACGUUUUCGUCCAACAUAUUAAUUUUUCCCCUGCGGCGUGAAUGGCUGAAAUCUAUUAUUUAAGCAACAAAUAGUGCCACAGAAGGUUUGGGCCAUAAGUUACCAAUCCGCGAUGCAAAUAAGAUGAUAAUUGGUCAAAAUUAUCUGCAAAGUGGACAGAUUUGAUUCACAUAAAUAUUGUAUUGCGAAACGCAAUGAUUUCGACGUAUUUACAACAGAAAGUUUAUGCUCGCCUAGUUAGCUAGACUACGGGUAGCUAGCCUAGCUAAUUAAUUUACAUCAUGUUAGAGAUAGUUAAGAACUUCUGUUACUUAGGUGAUAUGUUGGGCAGUGAAGGGGGUGUUGGAAGAAGUGUUACUUGCAGGAUAGGUUCUGCUUGGAAAAAGUUUAGAGAGUUACUUCCUUUAUUGACUAGCAGAGUCCUGUCAAUUGAGGUAAAAGGUAGGUUGUAUGAGGCCUGUGUAAGAAGUGUUAUGUUGUACGGUAGUGAGACAUAGGCAGUGAAGCAGGAAGAUCUUGACCGUUUAGAAAGGAAUGAUAUGAGAAUGGUUAGGUGGAUGUGUAAUGCCAGUCUGAGAGACAGAAAGAGUUCAGAUGAGCUAAGAAGCAGGCUAAGACUCCGUAGAAUUAAAGAUGUUAUCCAGAUAAGAGAUUGAAUUGGCUGGGGCACUUGAAAAGAAUGGAGGAUGAUAAUUGGGUAAGAAAGUGUAGAGACUUGAUAGUUCCUGGGGCAAAGCCCAGAGGCAGACCGAGAAAGACUUGGCAGGAGGUUAUAAGGACAGACUUAAUAGAGAGGAAGUUGAGUUUAGAUCUAACACAGUCUAGAUCAGAUUGGAAGAGGGUCAUUAAUAUACCCCGUCCAACCCAUGCUAGCAUGGAAAACGGACGUUAAGCCGAGAAUGAUGAAUGAUGAUAAUGACGUUGCCUAACUAAACGACUUGCCUAAUUAGGUCAUGCUGCCUAAUUAGGUAUUUACCCUGACUUUAUGUUUUCGAGGAACGCAAAAAGAGAUAUAAGGUUUUAAAAACUGUGCUGACGUCAGCAAAGGCCCGUAAAAAACACAAAAAUUUUUUUUUAGAAAUUUGUAUACGUGUUGCCUUCAUCUUAUAGAUCUUAAAACGCUGAUCAAGAAAAUGUAUAGGAUAAUGUACUUUUGACAAACGGUUGCUGAGAUAUUAGAGUUUACAGGUUUUUUGAUGACGUCAUCAACCCGUCCAUUCCUAAACGGAUUUGGGGACCCAGGUUUGGGAAACUUACCCAAAUUGGUCCCAGGUGGUGCUUAUUUACUCACACAUUGAAAAAACAUCGCGUCACCAACUCGUUUCCAAGUUAUUUGGCGUCUAAGUUUUAAGUGCAUUGUAAUGGCUUCAUUAAUUUAAUAUACUUUCCUUUGACGUUAAUAUUAUUUUAACGUUAAAGUUUGGUAAAUUACUGAAUAAUUUUAUGGACGAUGUUUUAUGGACUUUAUCAAAGAAAAUAGUGAAGAUAAUAAUCCAGUUUGCAAAAGUCACAGACAGACAGACGGAACUGGCGUAUUACUAUAUAGAUGUGUGAAGUAUUUACAUAUUUUUUUGUAUGUUAUUGUAUAAAUCCAAUUUUUGAACUUUUUAGCAAAUCUCCCCUUCCUGCAAGAUGGAUUUUUUUUAUCCAACAAGUAGAACUUAGAUAAAGUUCUACAAAAGUUAUUCAAUCUUAAAAUUACAUAUCUAAAACUUGUACAUCCUAGCUUUUAGUUAAGAUAUUACGCUGUGCUGUUAUUUGUCUGUGCUGUCACUAGGCCUGCCUUCACUGGGCACCAGAGUUGGUCAACCAACAUGCCUGAUAUAAUAUGUAAAUCAGUAUUUUAAUCCUUGUAUUUGUAUCUUGGUUGAUCUUUUAAAAAAUGUUUGAUUGAUUGAUUAUAUUAGGGUCAGCACAGUGCAAUCUCCCCAAUUUUCCUUACAUGACUUUGGGUUAACCAGGGGCUAACAUUUAUUUAUCUAAAACUCAAAACUUAAACCUGGUUUAAUAUUUGCGAAAGUAAAAAAUUAUUGAUGAUCUAUGUAAUUUUGACUUAAUGAAUGUGUUUUUAAAGUGCAAAAAUGCUAAUAUGGAAAUCUAUAAGGAAGACUUGGAGUCGGAAUCUAAGAAUUUAUUGCAAGUUAAAUUCUGCAAUGCAAAAUACCACUACGAAGGACUUUUAUAGUAUACUUAACGUUACACCAAACGCAUCUCAGAAGCAAAUCAAAGCUGCAUAUUAUAAAUUAUCCCUAAUUUUACAUCCAGAUAAAAACAAAAACUCUAUUUCUUCACACAAUCAAUUUACGGCUGUAUCAGAAGCAUAUGCAAUAUUAGGAAAUAUCGAUUCAAGGAAAGUUUAUGAUAGAACUAGAAAAGUCAAAGAUCAUAAAUCUCCCUUUCACCAUAACGAAGUAUAUAAGCAUCGCACAUUUGAGAGUAAACGUUAUGAUAAAUGGACAAGGUCGCAUUAUCAAAGUUCUUUAGCACGUAGACAUGAACAAUUAAAACGUGAUAGGUUACUGAAAGAAGAAUCAGCAGAAGAAAAACAGAACAGAUCGUCCAGACAGUUAACCGUUGUUAGUUUGUUAACAAUAGCUACUGUGCUUCACUUUGGUCUACGUUUGACCAAAAAUAAAAAAAGGAAGCCAUCAAUUGUUUCAACCAUAUUUGUUUGCUUUGAGUAUAAACACUUGAACUGUUAUAAGAGUAUCAGGCUGGAAUUUCACAUUAAAGUACAAAUUCCAUACAAAAAAUUGGGUUACACUCUCACUAAUCCAAAUUUUUCUAAAAUCUUAAUUUUUGUACGUGUUUUUCCGGAAAUCAAAAAGAUAUCCUUAAAAAAAAAUAGAAGUAGGCUUAAUAUCUUAGUUGGUUUUCUAGUUGUUCGGUUGCUGUAUUCUACUUCACAAGAAGUAGAGAUUAUAAAAAGAUCCUAAACUACAGUGCAUAAUUUUUGAAAGCUUGAUCAAAUUCUUGCUUUCUCAUGCUCCAGUAAGACAUGAGAUAAAAAGAAUUAUUGAACAUGUUUUCCAAGUUAUCUUUCGAAGCUCUUUUUUAAAUCUUAGCUACUACUGUGGCGAUGUCUCGUUUUUCUCAUUGUCUAUUCAAAAUAUCUGCUUUAGUAUCAAAAAGUUAAUUAGAAGAACGGAGUCACUCAAAAUGCAGUUAAUUUUCACGGUCAAGUCCAUGCUUUAGAGUACCUCCGUAGGUACCCCUAAAAAAUGGAAAUUCCCUAAAAGAGUACACCAUGCAUCAAAUGAAUCGCGUGGCCAGCUGACAUCAUCAAAAAUCAAAGCAUGCUCAAAAAAGAUCACGGGCUCAAAUCCGACGAUAUCCGACACAAAAUCAACGA